UCAGGACCAGGUCUCGACGCUUAACAUGCCCCGCGCUGAUUCGAAAUGUCUACUGAAGCAUGUCCAACCCUACUCAUGGCAAAAGUGGAUUGCAUUCCUGCCCGAGACGCAUGAACUGAUGGCGGACGAGGUUACCCGUCCUUCUCGACAAAGACAGACCACAUGCAAGCUCUGUUUACUCUACAAUGUUUAGCUGAAUUUCCGUCUUUUUACUCAAUACUCUCUCAUCCUGUUGACCGUCCUCAGUCAUCGUUUCUGUUCAUUCUGCGGCACAGCAGCUGCUGAUCGACAUUGCAUAGGUGGAUGGUUACACAAGUCUUGGUCUUCAAGACCCACUUGCGGAAACCAUUACAAGAACCAACUCACCGCCUCUCCUUCUGGUCGACUGUCUCGCAGUCUCAAGCAAGCAAGCAAUCAACCAAUAUGAGUAAACUUAACGGCAUUGUUCAAGCUCUUCGGACAUCUCGAUCUGUGAGAACGUUGUUCUGUCCCAUGAACAACAUCCUCCGCAAGCCUUGCGAUAGUCACGGACUGCCCGCUUUGUCUGCAGGUUUCCAUCGCAUCGCUAGCCGCUCGGUGUAUACAAGCUCUUCCUCAUCGGAUCUGGGAACGGACAUUCUACCUCAUGUACACACAGAUCCUGUAGGAGCAUUUCAUGCUCAUCUUCGUUGUGGAACUUUGAGCCGAUACAUAGCCACUGCGUGUCUGGAGGCAGCAGACCUUACAAACCGUGCAGAUGGUCAUUUGGGAGCUGCGACCAUCAAUUGGCUCUGGGACGACCACGAACACAUUCACUGGCUCAAGUAUUGCCGCCUGCUCCCACACAUGACGAGUUUACUGGUACGUGAGGGGCAAGAAGAAAUGCUAUGGGACUGGAUGUAACAGCAGCCAGUGCGACGACCAAAAUCUUCAAAGCCCGUCUACAGCCUUGGAUGGAGAGCGUACGUCCUGGAGCUGUUGGUUCUGAUCAUGACCAGCUAAGCAGCUA